CAGCGGUAUUUCAUAGACAUACCGACGACGGUAGGCAGUGUAUCCUUGUCCUCCAGAUGUCUUCUCUUUCUUUCAUCCUACAACAUUUUCCGGGUGCUCAGGCUUCGCAGCUAUUGAAGCCAAAGUUCAAAUGACUAGGCUGGCCGAUGAAGGGUCAGCCUGCGAUUGGAGGGGUCGCACUCGCUGGCGUUUCUGUAGAUUGCAAUUGAUCUUUUGCAGGAACUAGUGUAUGGCUAUAAGUCGAAUGAUGAUCCUUCCCGCCCAGCGUGGUGCUUACUCUUGACGACAUAAGAACCCCUCAUCCAGCAUCACAAGUGAGGAGAUAUUUUAAGUGAGGUGUCUUGCUUGUGAGGGCAAUCCAGAUCGUGUUACGAAUCAUCACAUCAAGCUCCACUCUACCCGACAACCAUGGUCUGGCCACUUUCUCGCCCUUAUCCGGAGCGGAAGGCAGUCGACGUCGAUGACAGAACUUUCGACUAUGUUAUUGUAGGCGGUGGCACCGCAGCAUGUGCCAUCGCCUCCCGACUCAGCGAAGACCCGAGCACCAGCGUCCUAGUCAUUUGUAAAGGCAAGGUCAAGGACAACUGGCUUGACCGUAUCCCCAUCAUCGGGAAUGCGAGCGACGGCAAGGGCCCUCAGAUUGACACAUUUUGGUCUGAGCCUCACGAGCAGUGGACUGGAUGCAAGACCCGAACUUUCAACACUCAGGCACUUGGUGGUGCCACCAGAGUCAACGGACUGAUGCUCACGCGCGGCGCACCGGGUAACUACAACCAGUGGGCUGCGCUUGGUAAUGAUGAAUGGAGCUGGGAUAAGUGCGAGCCAUACUUUAAGAAGAUUGAGAACGCUGCUUGCCAUCCCGACGCUCACUACCGCGGCCACGAAGGUCCUCUCUACCUACGACAGAAUCCCAUGAACUUCCCGAUAGACCAAUACAUUCAAAAAGCAGCAGGCGACAUGAACCUCCCGGUAGAAGAUGACAGCAACAACCCAAAUGCCCCGGCAAUGGGCCUCUUCACGACCGACAUCAUGAUAGACAAGUUUGGCUACCGCCAUUCCUCAUUGGCAGCUUUUCUCCCAAAGUCAACGGUUCAUGAGCGUGAAGACAGACUCACACUCUGUACUGGUGUUGUAGCCACGAAGGUUCAGACAAAUGAAGAUGGGACAGAGGCGACGGGCGUUUACAUCUUGGAUCAUCUUGACAAGAGUCCUGCCAGGCAAUGCUUCGUAAAGGCUAGAAGAGAGGUCAUCAUAUGCUGCGGUACACACUUCACACCGCAGCUUCUUAUGUUAAGCGGUAUAGGGCCACGGGAGCAUCUUGCAAAACACAACGUCCCACUUGUAAGAGAUAUGCCAGGAGUCGGUGCUGAUCUUCAAGAUCAUAUAACCUUCGGCAUCGCAUUCCGCACCCGCCUCAUCGAUUCAUACCUCCGACUAUUCAGUCCCCUCAUUGGCAUUUGGCAUUUCAUUCUCUUCCUUCUUUUCAAAACUGGCUUGUUGGCGACUUCUGGUACCAGAUUGUGCGCUUGGCUACACACAAGCACCAUUGACGAGACCACGAUGACAGUGAGACAUCACGGCAACGACAUCGAUGAGAAGCACGACAACACGGAUGCCCUGCAACCUGAGAACGUGCCAGAUAUUGAGCUCCUGUUCACCAAUGCUUCGUACGACUAUGAGAAGGGCAAGGGAUACUGUGCAUUCCAGACAACGCUAGUACAACCAUUUUCCAGGGGCAGAAUCGAGCUCGCCUCCUCAGAUCCUCUGGCGCACCCAAAAGUGUUCCAUCACUACAUCACAGACCCCCGCGACUGGGCCGCGGCACGCAAGGCCGCCCGGUUUUCGAUGAACUUUGUAGAGCGCUUCCGCCAGACGGAGUAUCCUUUCAAAGCUACCUGGCAUCUCGCCCCCGGAGUCAAGGCCGGUACUGUCGAAGGUGGAUGGCGUGACGUGACGGACGAGCAGAUUGACGCCUACAUCAGGGAGCGUUUGGUUAACAUCUACCACGCGACUUCAACGUGCCGCAUGGGGACCGUAGAGAACAAUGGUGUAGUCGGGCAAGAUUUGAAGGUCCACGGGUUCAGAAACUUGCGGAUUGCGGAUGCAAGCGUUUUCCCAAAGGUGACGAGUGCCCACACCGUGGCGCCGACUUACAUGGUGGCAGAGCGAUGUGCCGACUUUAUCAAGCGUGAUUGGGCCAAUUGAGUUUGGCGCAGCGUUUUAUCAAGCACGUUCAGAAGAAAGACACGCUUAGGUCACUUCAACUAUAGAACGUAGACCGUGGGAAGAGUUGUGUGGCGCAAUAAUCAAUUGGUAUUCCUAAAUCCGCGCGCAAUUCUGAUAUCAGCUGCGGCACCCAUCAUUCACAGCCUGGCUUCUCCCCCACGUCCAUCAUCUAGUCAAACAAGGUGUUCAUCGAACCAGGCGACAGCUUGGUAAAAGGCCUGCUCCUUAGCGUACUUUUGAACC